CCCGGUUUAACAAACACAAAGACUCACCAGCUCCACGAGCAGAGGAGCCGACACCCAACCCAGCCCGGCCAGGAGAGAGACAACAUGCGUUCAUCUCGGGACCUCCGGCUCGCCGUGCUCCUCCUCCUCUUCUCGGCGUCCGUCCUCCUCCCGGUAGCCAGAGCCCAGCAGGAAACCGAGGAGGAGGAGGAGUUCAGCUACUCGCUGGACGCGGAGAAUGGGCCUGCGCACUGGGGCGACAUCAAGGAGGAGUGGUCCGCAUGCGGCAAGGGCAACAUGCAGUCGCCCAUCGACCUCGCCAGCCCGCGCGUCUCCCUCGUGCGCGGCCUCGGCUACCUCAACCACUCCUACCACCCUGCCAACGCCACCAUCGUCAACCGCGGCCACGACAUCAUGCUCAAGUUCGAGGGCGACGCCGGGAGCGUCUCCAUCGGCGGCACGCCCUACUUCCUCCGGCAGCUGCACUGGCACUCCCCCACCGAGCACAGCGUCAACGGCCGCCGGUACGACAUGGAGCUCCACAUGUUCCACGAGAGCGCUCAGGGCAAGGCCGCCGUGAUCGGCGUCUUCUAUGAGAUUGGUGCCCAUGACGCCUUCCUGCACAAGCUGGAGCCAUACCUGGAGAUGAUAGCGGAUCGCAAGGACAGAGAGGAGAAGAUGGGCAUGAUGGAUCCCAGGGGCGCCAGAGGAAAGGCCAGCGUGUACUAUCGCUACGUGGGCUCCCUCACCACCCCACCCUGCGCGGAAGGGGUCAUCUGGACCAUCGUCAAGAGGGUGCGCACUGUGUCGAGGCACCAGCUGGAGCUUCUCAGGGAGGCCGUUCACGACGACAUGGAGAAGAACGCGAGGCCCCGUCAGGAGGUGAACAGCAGAGAUAUCAGCAUGUUCCGACCUUUUGAGCAAAAUAGACAUUGAUUACUAGUGUUGAUCCUCUGGCUAAUUAGUCUGGUGCUUCAGCUAUUUUUUAUGUACAUGGUUAUAUCAUUUCUGUACGCAGUAGUGAUUUUCCAUCCACUUUGAUAACUUGUAUACGGUUACUGAAUAAUAAUGGAACACGACCAGUUCAUGUCCA